AAGAUCUCCCAAACACACUCCUGCCCCUGCACAUGUGGUAGACAUGUGUUGUCACUUGUCUCCGCAGCUGCUGGGACAACACCUCAUAUCUAAACCCCCGUGCUAGUGAGUAUUUGGGACACUAAGCAGACACAAGCAGCAUUUUGCGUAUUUCAACGUAUUUCAAACAAGUAGUUGUGAUGGAUUCUCGGCUGUCGAAACAGAUCCAGUGUUCGGUGUGUGUGGGGGACUUCACAGAUCCAGUGAGCCUGCUGUGUGACCACACGUUCUGCCGACAGUGUAUUAGCAAUCAUUCCCAAAGCUGCCGCCUGAAACUGUGUCCAGAAUGCAGGCGACCCUAUACCAUGUGGGACCUCCGGUCCAACCGAGUGCUGCGGAAUAUGGUGCAUGCCGUGAGGGAACACUUGAGCGAGCAGCAGGCCCUCAGGGACGGGAAUGUAGCGGCUUGUGGAGCAGGAGCGAGAGUGUUUGAGGAACCAGAGAAGCUAGUGUGUUCCGAUCAUCAGGAGAGACUCAAGCUGUUUUGUGAGACGGAUCAGAAACUGGUGUGUCUGAUCUGUAGAGACGGUGAGAGACAUCAGGGACACACGUUCAAACCUGUGGAGCAGGCAGCGGAGCCCAGAAAGAAUUUAUUGUUAGAGCCUCUGAGCUUCCUGUCGAAGGAGAAUGAAGAGCUGCAGGCUCUUAUAAAGAAACAGACGAAUGAGAUCUCUAAAACGGAGGAAAGGUCUCGGCAGCUCUCUGCUCAGAUCUCUGCUCAGUUUGAGGAGAUACACCAGUUUCUGAGGAAAAAAGAGGAGGAAGUGAAGAAAAUGCUGGCAAAAGAGGAGAAGGAUAUGAUAGAAAAGAUGAAAAGAAACAGAGCAGAAAUAGAAGAGAAGCUGAAUGAUGGAAGAGAGCAGGAAGGGAUUCUACGCUCAGUCUUGGAGACUGAUCAGCCAGACGGCUUUCUGCAGGUUCAAACAAACAAUUGCAUUCAACACAGAUUGUCCGAUUAA